AUGUUUAGACUGGGAUAUAAGUCAGUAAUUAGAAAUAUACAAGGGAUACGGUAUCUCAGUACCAAACCAACCAUAGGUCAACCAUUCAAAUCCCAACAAGAAUUAAGCAAUUAUCUAUCAAAUCCACAAUCAAAUUGGUCAAUACAAGAAUUAUUAUCCAAUGCAGGUCCAGAAAUCAUUUCUAAAAGAGCAGAUGGGAUAACAAGGAAAACAGUUGACAAGAUGUUGAAAUUAUCAGGAUUACAAGCUAACCCUGAAGAAUAUGAUGAAUUAAUCCAAAUUUUAAAAUCUCAAGUUAUGUUUAUUGAUCAUUUACAUGCUGUUCCUGAAUUGGAAGUUAAAGCAGGACAAGUUGGUAAACCCUUGGGGUUGAAUGAAAUAUAUGAACAGAUUGAACAGCUUGAGGGGUCAGAGGAUAAAGGAGAAUUAGAAAAUUGGGAUCCUUUAUCAUUAACUAAUGAUUCAUUAAAUGGGCAAUAUAUAAUAAAAGAAGGAUUAAUCAAAAAUAAAUAA